UGGACGAAAUUACCCAAUCAGAGAACACCACGAACGGUAUGGAGUCGGUAUGAUAUCAGUGGAAAAUUAGUUUUCUUAGUUUAUUGUAAAAUUCUAACAUAAACCUGUGUGAUCUAGUCUUUCCUUAUAAAAUUUAGUUAUGGAAUAUUUCCAGGCAUCAAAUUGGAAAAUUUAUUCGACAUGGAUGUUUCUUAUUUCAUUCGAUGUCGUGCUGCAAGGUAGUGACGGGUCUCUUUCAAAAGCAGAAAUUGAAAAUCACCUUGAAUUAGGAAGAGAUCUUUUAGCUAAGGGUAGAUUACAAGAUGCCUUGUCACAUUAUCAUGCAGCUGUGGAAGGAGAUCCAAACAACUACUUAACAUAUUUCAAGCGAGGAACUAUCUAUUUAGCAUUAGGAAAAGCCAGACUAGCAAUAUCGGAUCUGAACAGAGUUCUGGAACUGAAACCUGACUUCACAGCUGCAAGGUUACAAAGAGCCAAUACAUUAUUGAAGCAAGGUCAGCUCAAUGAAGCAAAGCAGGAAUUCGAAAAUGUUUUGAAACUUCAAGAUAAUGAAGAAGCUCACAAUGGGUUUAGGAUGGCCGAUCAAUUGCAAAAUGAUUAUGAUAAUGCUCAAUUUUUAAUGAAAGGAGGAAGUUUCGGGGACGCCAUUGAAGUAUUGAAUCCAAUAAUUGAGUCAUGUCCAUGGUCGUCGCAGCUUCGAGAGUUGCGCUCACACUGCCAUCUGUCGUCGGGAAACACGAUGGCCGCCAUUUGGGACCUCAAGUCCACCACCAAACUCCAACCCGACAACACUGCCGGAUAUUAUAAACUUUCCAUGCUGCACUAUCAGCUGGGAGAGUAUCAGGACUCGUUGAGAGAAGUCCGAGAGUGCCUUAAACUAGACCCAGAACACAGCGACUGUUUUCCACAUUAUAAGAAAGUGAAGAAAAUUGAAAAAUUCCUCACCGACUGCCAGACUGCCUUAGAAAACAAGGAAUAUUCUGAUUGUGUCGAUUCAGCAAAUAAGGUGUUGAAGAACGAGCCGGACGUGGCAAUGAUCAGAUACGCGGCGUUGGUCCAGCUUUGCCAGUGCCACCUGCACAACAACGAGGCCGGCAAAAGUGUGAAGGCCUGUGGCGAGGCCCUCGCCAUCAACAAGGAGCCGGCCGUUCUCUGCGACCGCGCCGAAGCCUACAUCAAGAACGACAUGUACGACGAAGCAAUAAAAGACUACCACGAUGCCUUAGAUAUCAAUGACUCAUUCAAGAGGGCGAAGGAGGGAAUUGUGAGGGCGCAGAAGCUGCGAAAACAAACUGAAAAGAGAGACUACUAUAAAAUUUUGGGCGUGAAAAAGACUGCCACCAAAAAGGAAAUCGUCAAAGCUUACAGAAAAGCAGCUCAAACGUGGCACCCGGACAAUUUCCAGGAGGGCGAUGAAAAGAAAAAAGCCGAAAAAAUGUUUAUUGACAUUGCCGCUGCCAAAGAGGUCUUAACAGACGAAGAAAAGAGGAAAAAAUUCGACAUGGGCGACGAUCCACUAGAUCCGGAAUCUCCAGAAAUGCACGGCGAUUUCAAUCCGUUCCAGCAGUUCCAUCAGUUCCACGGCAGUCCCUUCCAGUUCAAGUUCCAAUUUAACUGAUAACUCUACAACUGUUCAGCGCAUCAUGUCGAAAAUUGCGAGAAAAACUUCAGUCCACCGAACAGGCUGUAAGGCAUGUGUGAUCUUCUAAAGUGAUAAAGCUUCGUCCCCAAGUGAUAAGGCUUCGAAAUUGAACGUGAAUUAUUGUUUGAUAGUGAAAUUUAACGUGAAUUAUCGUUUUGGGGCUCAUCGUGAAAUUGAACGUAAAUUAUUAUUUGUGGUUGAUCUAUAUCACCAUGCUACGGUGAUAUAGGGCCGUACUUAUAUAUAUAUUUGAAUAGCGAAACACAAAUGAUUCUAGUAGUCAGAAUCGUUGAACUGACUAAUAAAUUAUACUUUCCUAUAGUGAGGUCUACGUUAUAAUGACAGUAUUUGAUCAACUUUGGUUUUGCUAUCCUUGUCUAUCAUUCGACAAAGCCGGUGGUACUAUCCUUUUCCAGGUCCACAACGAUGCCAAGUAUGUUUUUGACAGUGUAGAAAUAUAAUUAAGUAAUGCAGAGAAUCGACAUCGCUAUUCUUCUAUCUUUAUCCACUGCCAUUAUAACGUGGACCUCACUCUACCAAAUUAUAUUGAUAGGAAACUAAAUCGUGCUUGGCAGAAAUAGUUUUUAGGAAUCGUUUAUAAAUACGGCCUUUAGUCUUCUUCUAUGCAGCGUGAAACGACCUGGUGAAAUUUUUGAGGGGAAUUGAUGUGUUGAUGUGAUGUAUUGUUGAAUAGUUUCGUCCAAAACUUGGGGGGUUAAAGUGAAAUUUUGACUUAGUUCUUUCCAGAAAAUUGAUUAUUAAAAUUUGUAUGAUGUGAAAUUUACAUACAAAAGCAUCUGAAAGUUUACUGGAGAUUGAGUUGUUUAGGGUCUGGUAGUUUUUUUUAAUGCAAUGCUAUUUCCUUGAUCUUACGCUCAAUCGUGCUUGGCCUAGAAAUUCCUAAGAAAGUAUCGUUUAUAACUCCAACCCUAAGAUUAGAGCACCAAUAUGCACUUAUGAAUCAAUAUCAUCUAAUAUAGUGAAGGCCCAAGCGUUAGUGACCCAUGAGGUUCUGUAACCUAAGCUUUAAGACGGGUAGUAACGUUUUGUUCAUUCUGUAUUUAUCACUUACCAAAUUAUAUUUCUAUUCAUAAGAUAAAAAUGUAAAAUUAUUUAAUUAAUGCAAAAUAUUCCCGGGAAAAUUUAUCGGUAUUUUCUACUUAAAAAAUUGAACUGAAUAUGAAAAUGGAGAUGUUUAGGCUAGACCGUAGGCUAUUAUCUCAAAAAUUGAGAUAAGCUACGUGCAAUCGGUUCCCCCGUUGGAACGGUGUCUGCUUGAUGUCAGCUCCGCUAAUAGACAUUCAUGAGCCGCAACUUCACUUCCCUGUGGUUCGGAAGCUACCUAAAACUGUAGGUAUCCCUCCAUCAUCCCUCCCCCUUUCAUUACCCACGCACAAGUCUACGACUCAUUUGGCCAUCAUCAGCUAAUGGUAAUUACUUUGAAUUAUUUUAGAUCAAGGAAGUAGCAUUGGAUCGUGAAGCGGUUCAAAUUCAUAAUUUUUCUUCAUUUUCGCUAAAACAAUUACUAUUGACAUGAUUUAUUUGAAAAUAUUAUCAGACUGGACAUUGGAUACGAGCAUUUAUAAACCGAAAAAGUGCUGUGUCAUAUUUAUUUUUCUGCAAAGACAAGAUCUCAGAUUUUUUGACUUUAUUUCUUCUGUGGUGUUAUUAGACGUUUUCCUUUAAAAAUAACUAUUGUUUGUUGAAUUUAUUUGAAGUAUUUUCGAGUGACAAACAUUAAUACGGACUUCCCAAGUUACUAAUAGCAGUAGUAUAUUGGUUACAAUAAAUUAGUAUACUGUAACGUAUACUUGAAGAACUGUGUGUGCUAAGUAAUCAAAAUGUUGGACAUGUGUUGAGGACAAUAUUCACAUAUGAUCUUUUACAGUGUUGCCAUUUAAUAUGAGGAAAUUAUUAAGAAAGUGUUGGACUUGACAAAUUACCAUCAAUUUGUAAUAUUUGAGGCUAAUGACAUAGAUUAAACAAUCUAUGUUUAUCUAUAUAAUUUAGAUUGUUCAUUCUAUGUUAAUGAUUAUGUGAGCCAACUUCCAUGUAAAUAGAGUACAUAGAAAAUAAAUUUUAUUUUUUAUUCAAAUUUACAAAAGACAGUGUUUUGGCCAUUGAUUAUUCUUACUAUAAUACUUCAUAAUAGUACACUUCUAAAAGUUUCCCUAAUUAUUUAUUUUAAGUAUUUUCAGAUAUGGUUUCUAUAGUUUAUUUCUAAAAGUAUACUUUCAAAGUACAUUUUUUUAUUUUGUAUCAGUUUGGGAAUAUUUUUGAAAAGAUAGUAUAUCCAGGGCACAAUGGUUCUUGGGGUUUAAAUGGGCUUGUUCAAUGGAAACCGUUUUUGGGUUGCCUUUUUUUGUUGGAAAUUUAAUUUUGAAAUUAUUAUUUGUUUUCAAUGUUAAGCUAUGAAGUAUCUUCAUUAUCUUUUAGUUUUUAAGUUUUAAAAACUAAAAAAUAGGAAAAAAGAUUACUUCUUUAACAUGUGUUACAUACGUUGACCCGGUUGCACUAAAGCCGGUUAAAUUUUAACCGUGAUUAAUUUUACGGUAACCAAUCAGAGAAUUCCUUUUUGAUAAGACGGCUUAUCUGAUUGGUUCUCGUGGAAUUAAUCACGAUUAAAAUUUAACCGGCUAUUAUGCGAUCGGCUUCUAGACUCUCACUAUAGUCUUUCAGUUAGGCAUUAAUAUUAAAUCUCAAUAGAGUUUACAAUACUUUAUAAAAUUUGUAGCAAUCAGUUGUUAGUGCAUUCCACACCUAGAACAUUACAUUGCUUAGUCCAAUAAUAAUUAUAUGUUGGGUACUUUCUAAAAUAUCCCCAGGAAAACAAAUAAUCGCUAUCUAUUCAUUUAGAAAUCUGAAGAUUAUUCAAUUGGCACCAACAUUUUUCAAAGUACCUAUGAAAAAUGUAACUAAUAUAAUAAAUUAAUUACAAUCAACCAGUUUGGGGAAAAAGUGGAAGAUUAUUGUACAGUAACGAGGUGUUGUGCAAAAGUAAUCAUGUUCUAAAUAAAAAAAGGUUCUAAAACAUAUAAACAUAUUUAUCUUGUUGUACACAUUCAUAGUUCUUUCUAAAAACUUUCGUCCAUGUUAAUCUAGAUAAAAAUUUAGUUUCAGAUGUGGACUGUGUACUGAAUUUACUUUGAAAUGUGUAGCCUACUGUUCAUAUAUUAUAAAACAACCUUUUUGAAAAAUAUAUUGUUCAAUAGAAUCCACAUAUAUUGUGCAUAAAUUAUACAGUAAGUUGUUUCAAAAUGACCUUUCUCUUAUAGUCACAAAACUCAACAUUAUCUAUCUUAUUCGUUGAAGUAACAUAUUUUGUGAAUAUGGAUUCUGUCGCAUAGCACCUCAAAUGUAUUGUAAAAUGUAAAUACCAAAAACAUCGUAAAAUAUAUAAGACUCAUGUAUCUUGCAAUAAUUUAUGCUGAUCAUUCUACAAAUACUUGUAUUAUAUUUUAUAUACAAAUGUUGGGAAUCCGUUAUAGUUAGUGUAAAUACUACAGGAUAAAAUAUAGUGUAACGUUUGUUAAUAUACUAUUAAGAUGAAAGAUUGUAUUAGAAUAUUGGCACAUUUACUGUAAAUAAAAUCGACAGUACUGUGGGCAUUUUUUUCCUAGAUGCCUUUUCAAUCAAGUCACAAAAAUUUGAAUUAAAACAAGCUUGGAUUUUA